GGGAGGGGCUGCGCCUUCCUGUUGUGUGUCAGGUGUCGGUUGCCUGCUGUGUCGUCGCUGUUUGUUGUCUCCGUCCGAAUGGCGUUUGUGAAGAAGCAGCAGCGCCGUAAGGAGAGGUUUACUCUGCUGCUGCUUGACCUUGAAGAGUAUUACUUUGAUCAUCACAUAUUUUAUCAUGUAUUUACCAACAACAAGGGAGAAAAAAGAACAAUUAAAGGCUCCCUGAAGAUUUGUUCCAAAUCAUUGAUCUUUGAACCAGAUCAAAUAUCAGAACCCAUCUUAAAGUUCCCUUUCAGAGACUGCAGCAGAAUUGAAGAGAUUGAAGAUAAGAACUCUGAUAAUCCUUUGGAACUAAAUCGAAUUUGUGGAUUCAGCAUUACAUGCCAUCAGAUCUGUUUAAUCAAAGAACAAAGUGUGGUGGCUCCAUAUAAAAUUGAAAGAGGCCCAAAGGAUUACUUUUUCAGAAUAGAAGAUGUUUCAAAAGCAGAAGAUGUGGUACAAAGUUUACUUCAGCUUCACAGAGCUUCUCAAUUGGACAAACUAGCAGAUCAGAUUGCAAUGGUCACAGCCAUUUUGCAGUCACGAUUGGCUCGGACUUCAUUUGAUAAAAACAGGUUCCAGAGUGUUACAGAAAAGCCCCACAUGGAGUGCGAGGCUGAAAUGGUCACCCCUUUGGUAUCUAAUCCAGGGCAUGUCUGCAUCACAGAUCAAAAUUUGUAUUUCCAGCCUUUGAAUAGUUAUCCAGAGACAGUGGUACAGAUAAUGUUACAUGAUGUGAGACGCAUUUACAAAAGGCGACAUGGGUUAAAACCUUUGGGUCUUGAGAUAUUUUGCACAGAAAAUGAUCUUUGUUCUGAUAUCUACUUGAAAUUUUACAACUCCAAAGAUCGUGAUGAACUUUAUUACUAUAUUGCAACAUUUUUAGAAAAUCACAUUACUGAACAAACAGCUGAAAGCUACAUGCUACAGUGGCAAAGAGGACAUCUCUCAAAUUACCAGUAUCUCUUGCACCUCAAUAAUCUGGCUGACCGCAGCUGUAAUGAUUUAUCUCAAUAUCCUGUUUUCCCUUGGAUCAUAGCUGAUUAUACUUCUUCAGAAUUAGAUCUUUCAAAUCCUACAACUUUUCGUGACCUUGGAAAACCAGUGGGUGCCUUAAAUAAGGAACGACUUGAUCGAUUGUUGAGUCGCUAUCGAGAAAUGCCCGAACCAAAGUUCAUGUAUGGAAGUCACUAUUCUUCCCCAGGUUAUGUCCUCUUCUACCUUGUGAGAGUUGCCCCUGAGUACAUGUUGUGUUUACAAAAUGGAAAGUUUGACAAUGCUGAUAGAAUGUUCAACAGUUUUGCAGAGACAUGGAAAAAUUGUUUAGAAGGAGCCACGGACUUCAAAGAGUUGAUACCAGAGUUUUAUGGCACGAAUUCCAGCUUCAUUGUGAACAGUUUGAAGUUAGAUCUCGGAAAGAGGCAAGGAGGGAAGACAGUAGACUCUGUGGAACUUCCACCAUGGGCAUCAGGUCCUGAUGAUUUUCUGCAGAAGAACAGGGAAGCAUUAGAGAGCCAAUAUGUUUCUGAACAUCUACACGAGUGGAUCGAUCUAAUAUUUGGCUACAAGCAAAGGGGAAGUGAAGCCAUUGCGGCCUACAAUGUGUUUCAUCCUUUGACUUACGAAGGAGGAGUUGAUUGGGACAGCAUUGAGGACCCAAAUCAGAAGAUAGGAAUGCUAACCCAGAUCCUAGAGUUUGGGCAGACUCCAAAACAGUUAUUCAUCAGUCCACAUCCUCAAAGAAUAAUGCCAAAGUUUCAGAAUCUUUCCAGGGGAUUCAGCCGUGGUACUUCCAUGACAGAGUUCUCUCCAGUUUCUCCCUGUGAAGAUUCAUUUGAAGAUCUAACAGAGGAAAGUCAAAAACUAGCAUGGAGUAACAUCAGUAAAUUGUGUAUAGUGUACCAGCAAAAGAUUCACAAAGAAGCAGUAACUGGAAUCACUGUUGCUGGCAAUGGAACUUCAGUCUUCACAACUUCACAAGAUUCAACACUAAAGAUGUUUUCCAAGGAAACCAAAUUGUUACAGCGGAGUAUGUCCUUCUCAAAUAUGGCUCUGUCAAGUUGUUUAUUACUGGGAGAUACAACUGUUGUGUGUUCGUCUUGGGAUAACAAUGUAUAUUUUUACUCAGUAGCUUAUGGACGACGACAAGAUACUCUGAUGGGUCACGAUGAUGCUGUUAGCAAAGUCUGCUGGUUCAAUGAUAAUUUAUACACUUCUUCUUGGGAUUCUACAGUCAAGGUCUGGAGGUGUGCCUCUGCAGAUCUCUCCACCUCUCGGAAGAAUAGCUGUGAGCUGAUGGCUGAGUUGGAACAUGAGGCAGGUGUAAAUACAAUCAGCCUGAAUCCUAUAGGCACAAUGCUUGUUUCGGGCAACAAGGAAGGGACCAUUAGUAUUUGGGAUCUCACCAACUUGACUACUUUACAUCAAAUUCAUUGCCACUUAGGCACUGUCAAUGAUGUAGCAUUCAGUCCAGAUAGUCGACACGUUCUGAGUGCAGGAGAAGAUUGUUGUCUUAAAGUAAUUGACGUACAGACAGGGAUGCUGAUCUCCUCCUUGUCUACAAAUCAGCAACAAAGGUGUUUUUGCUGGGAUGGGAACACUGUUCUUUCGGGCAGUCAGUCUGGUGAACUUUUAGUGUGGGAUCUGAUGGCAGCAAAAAUUACCACAAAGAUUCCUGCACAUUCGGGUGCUGUCACAUGUAUGUGGAUGAAUGAGCAAUGCAGCAGUAUCAUAACAGGAGGAGAAGAUAAACAAAUUAUUUUCUGGAAGCUGCAAUACUAAGUGCCUUUCUCUAUUAAAAAAAAUUUUCGAGACUUUAGUUUCUACCACUUUUUUUCUAACAUGAUGCAAACUGACUGACUGAAGCUGUAUCCACAAAUUUAUGAGUAGUCAUUUUAAGGUAAAUCUACUCCUUGUGGAAAUGCUAAUAUCCACUCAGAUAACCUACCAAAGCAAAGAAUUCAGGAGCAUGGAAGCAUUAGACCUGUGGCUUGAUAGCUUGCAAGAUCUUCCAUUGAUUUUUUUCCAAAUGCUGUAGCAGAUUGCAGCACAGAAACUAUAUUUUUGAAUGUUUCCAAUUAUGGAAAGAAUGGUUGUGGGAGUAAUUUUACUUGGAUUUGACCACAAUGUGUACAUUUUAAAGCUAUUUAUUGAAUUUUAGUUGCUGUUUAGUCAAGUGUUUGGCAUUGAGAUGUAGUAAUAUGCAUUUAUCAUAAGUUUGUGAACUUGAUAUAAUGUUAAUAAUGUGUGUGAAUCUAGUCAAUUAUAUUGGGUUACGACUAGUCUUGAGUUGGUAGAAUCAUCUGUCAUAGGAUUCUGAUCAUGAACCAAGGUUUGUUUCAUUCAUAGCUCAUUUUCAUUUCUGUACCUGGAAUCCAUUCACGUCGGUGCAGGUUGUCUGUGAAAGCAAAUACACCUUCAGAAUCCAUAGUUGUUUUUACAGUCGGACUAAUUCUUAAAUUUAAAUGAUGCUGUUAAUAUGAAUAUGGUCAGGUGCUCACAAUCAAGAUUGUGCCAUGAUGCCUUUGGAGGUUAAAAAUAAAUUCUUGAAGACGUAAACAUCUGACAAAAAUCAAAUGCAUUGAAAAGUAAUUUUCAGGUAGUGUGGAAGAAACAGACUUUGCCAGCAAGUCUUCUCGGUAGUUGUUGUGGAGGGAUGCUGUCGCAGAUGUGCCAUUCCAAGGAGUAUUUACUUAAUUGCAACAAAAUUUAUUACAAAUGGUGUUAAAAAUAUUUUUUGUCAACUGACAGUUAUAUUGACAUUAUUGGAAUUUUGUAAAUUUUGAAAUGUGUAAGUACAUGUAAAUAUACUGAUUUAUCUCCUGAUAGAUUAUGCAUUCAAAAUGACUGCACAUUUACUUUGCUUUAGAUUUGCUUUUAGAUUGUUUUGCACAAGGUACAAAUUCAUUAAAAUUGGCUAUCUAAUUGCAAGUAUCAAAAUAUGUUCCUCAUCCCUUCUGAACUAUUACUUUUGCACCAUGUUGAGAAGCCCUGGCUUACUGUUAGAUUCGUAUCUGUAGUAGGAAUCUUGAUACUGGUAGCUUAUUUCUACUCACCCUCCCACCAGUUUUGAUAGUCCCUGAUUCCCUAAUUAAGUUUCUGUAUCACUUAAUGCAAGGUGUCACAAAAAAUAUUUUUCAUAUUCUUGGGUUGGGGGGGGCACAUUUGUUUAUUGCAAUAAUUUAUUUAUGGUAAAUAUUAGGUGCUAUUAAUCUGUGGAACCAUAUCAGCUGCAUUUUCCACAUCAAUUCUGUAUUUCUUAAACAAGUUGGUGCAUUAAAAUUGAUUUUUAUUUUACCAGUGCACAUGACUUAUUAGCACCAAAAUUAUUUCUGUAUAGUCUUCCAAGUUUAAUUUAGAAAGAUAAUCUCAGGAGGUGGUGUGUGUGUAUGUAUAUACACACACAACUAGGAAAAUUUUAAUGUAUUUGUCAACUGAAAAUGUAGUAUUUCUGCUGAUUUACUUCAACUGGGGGCUGGUUUUUUUUUGAAGAUCCAUAAUUUAGAACAAUUGUUUAUUCUGUUUAAGGUUGUUGUGGACAUGCUUAAGUAUUUGUUAUAUUGCAUUGGAAAUGGUAAAGAAAGUAUAAUGUAACAGUAUAUAGAGAAUAUGUUUGAUUAAAUUUCAACAUUGCUGUAUUUUGCACAUAUAGCACCA